AGCAGUGCAUGGAGGAAGACCCAGAGCUUCAGACCACAGUCAUAAGAAAACAAGAAACAUCUGACAUCUCUGACUUACACUGACACUGACUGAAUAGGUAUAUAUGACACAGUUUUCUCAGUGAGAUCUCACAGAUUCUCAUCUUCAUCAUGAUCAUCAUCUCUCUGCUCCUGUUGGACUCUCUGCUGCCACACCUGAGCUUUACUGCCAGUGUGAAUGUGGGGAUAGUGAAUGGACGUGAUGCACGACCUCACUCCAGACCUUACAUGGUUUCUAUUCAGAAUAAUGGGAGACAUGUCUGUGGAGGAUUCCUCAUCUCUGAUCAGUUUGUCAUGACUGCUGCACAUUGCAAAACAGGUGGGAAUCUGGAAGUUUUGGCAGGUGUACAUGACUUAACAAGGAAAGAUUGGACUAUCCGCAUUAGUGUGAAGUCCUAUCAUGAGCAGGCUGAUCUCAUGAUUUUAGAGCUGAAUAGAAGAGUUCAACUAAAUGUCAUCAUCAAUCCAAUUCCCAUACCAACAAGACCAGACAUCAGAGUGGAUAUUAACUGCAGCGUUGCAGGCUGGGGACAAUUGACACCUUAUGGUCCUACAGGUCUAACCCUCCAGGAAGCAAAUGUGACAAUUAUGAGUGAUGGAGACUGUCAAGUUCAAUGGGGCCAGCUGUACAGCGAUGCACAGAUGUGUGUACAUGGCUAUGGAGGAACCUGCCAAGGGGAUUCAGGAGGUCCUUUGGUUUGUGGCAACACUGCAGUGGGUGUAACAUCUUUCGGUAGCAAUUUGUACUGCAAUGAUCCUGAUAAAUUUAAUGUUUAUACUAAAAUUUCUGCAUUUAUUCCAUGGAUCCAGAAGAUAACUAAUUGACUGUGCUGAAAUAGUGGGAUUAUAACACCUUGCCCUUUUAAGUGAAUCUAAUUGACUUUUGUUGAAUUUUAAAUGAUUUCAAUGAUUUUUUUAUUUUAUUUUUUCCAAAUACUCAACUGUCAUCUUUCAACACAUCCAUUAGACAGCAUUGAAUACGAUUGUAAUUGGUACAACUGUGUUUAGGAAUCCCCCA